AUGACAAAUGUCCAGAGGCAAGACCUUGUUGUGUUCGAUGAUAACUCUGUAAUUUCCAGUGCACUCUUUUCUAAGGAGACGCAUAGUCUAAUAUCAAUUGCAUCCGCUCCCGUGACUUCACCUUUUUGGCUCAUAAGUGCAAUAAUGGAGGAUCUGACGCUGGGCGUAUCAAAUUCAUUCAAUGAAACAACAGAAUCGCCCCCUGCAAAGAAGUAUCUGGGUCCCAUAACUUUGGUUUCGUUCAUUCACAAUGCUAAAUAUUUUGCCAAUGCCUUCUCAAAAAUAAAGAUUCCACCAUCAUCCUACAAAGUAGUUGAUUUACUCACCGACUUUGUUCUCAAAAAUUCAGGAAUGCCAAAUCACAAAGUUCUUUCCAAUAUUUUGAAAUCCAUUCCUGACAAUCAAUCUUCGGUCAUUAUUUUAGAGCAGCCCGAAAUACUUCUGUCCCUGCUAGAUGGGUUAACAAGCGAUGACCUACAUCGCAAACUGAUAAAUCCGGUAAUGAGGCGAUGCAAAUUACUAGUAGUGACCACAAAAUUGCGCUCCCUAAUCCAGGAAACCAAGGAUGGUAUCGAGGCAUCUCGAUUUACAGCCUGCACCUAUUAUAAAUCAAUGGCUAUACUUUCCUUACGGCCAUUGGAGACAGGGCGUGCAAAAGAUGUAACAGGAUGUCUUAGGAUUACUAGAGGUGGUUCUGCGAAUACUCUUGACUGCCAAGUUCAAGAAAAUGAGUAUCUAUAUUUCAAUCAAAAAGAAAAUACAAGACUUUUCUAUAGGUGA